CAACCCGCGACAAAGGGCAUCCGGAUCGGAAACGACCCGAUCAGAUCCCGACCCGGACCCGUGAUCUGAACCUGACCCGACCCGGAUCCGAACGGGACGCUCAUCUGACCUGGAGAACCCUUCCCCCUCAUUGUCCAGGCGGAGCCGGGGAUGGAGAGGCGGUGGCCAGGAGGCCGCGGUUGGGGCGGGCGGGCUCUCUGCCUGGUGAUGGCCGUCCUGUCGGGGCUGCCCCGCGGCCGGACAGGUACUUCUAUGCUGCCACAUUCCCUUGCAGCUGACCCUGUGGACAUUCUGGAGGCCCUGGGGGUCUGGAAGGGCCAGAAUGGACUCCCUAUGGUCCCUGGAUUCUGCAACCAGACGGGAAAGGACCAGGGUUCUGGACAGGCCCUCUGGGUGGGGAACGAGACUCAGCUGAGCAUCCCUACCAGACUUCUCUUCCCAGAUGGCCACUUUCCAGACAAUUUCUCCCUGUUGACCACUCUGCGGAGCCUUCCGUCUGUCCACCCAGUCCUGCUGUCCAUCUAUGAUGAGUGGGGGACCCGGAAGCUGGGGUUGAGGCUGGGGCCAGACUCUUGGCCCUCCCUCCCAGAAACCCUUGGUUCCCACUCAUCCCCUUCUCUGACCCCAGUGGUCGAUCUCACGGAUGGUAGGUGGCACAGGGUGGGGGUCAGCGUGGAGAAUCAGACGGUGACACUGGUGGUUGAUUGUGAGUCGCAGCUCCCUCUCCCCCGGAUGGUGCAGCCAAUGAUUGGUGUAGAUAGGGACGCCGUGCUGGACAACAGGUUGGCGGCCGAGGCAGCGUUUGAGGGCAGCAUCCAGCACCUGCUGAUCGUGCCUGACCCUGGUGCCGCCUUCCAAGCCUGCAAACACUUCCUGCCCGACUGUGCCAGCCCCCAGACCGGGUCCCACCUGCCCAUUCAACCCACUGCCAGCCAGCUGGAGACCUCACGCCCCCGAGGCAAAGGAAAGGGGAAGGGGAAAGGAAAGAAGAAAGGGAAAGGGAAGGGGAAAGGCCGAAAGGGCAGGAAGAAGAACAAGGAGCUGUCCGAGAGGCCGGCCCACCCCUCUCUUGAAGGAGACCAGGUGACCCCUCCCCUAAUGGAGGAGACCCAACUGGGAACUGCAGCCCCCAACAUGACCCUUGAAGAUGCCCUGAACCCCUCCCUUGGGACCGUCUCAAUUAAUGAGGUUCAGGAUCCUGGAGCAGAAUCAGCAUCGGCCAAAGGAGAGGGGUUGAGAGACAGCGGACAAGAGGAAAAGGGGGCAGCAGCAGACGUCUCCGUGGAUGCUGUGGCCCCUGGUUUCGGGCCAGAGACCCGAAUCCGUAUCUUCCCGGAUGCUGGAGAGAAAGGGCAGAAGGGGGAGAGAGCAGUGAUUGAGCCAGGUCAACUCUUCGAGGGACCUCCAGGCCCUCCUGGCCCCAUGGGCGUGGAAGGCCCCACAGGACCCCCUGGCCCACCGGGUUUUCCUGGCGACCCUGGUGACAAAGGCCCAGUUGGGCGCCUGGGUCUCCCGGGGACAGAUGGUGCCCGUGGUCUUCCUGGGACUGUGAUCCUCAUGCCUUACCAAUUUGGAGGCGAAUCCCACAAGGGCCCCUCAGUGUCCAUCCAGCAGGCCCAGGCCCAGGCCAUUCUGCAGCAAGCACAGCUCUCCAUGAAAGGGCCUCCUGGCCCCACUGGACUCACUGGCCGUCCUGGGCCCCUGGGCCCCCCUGGAUACGCAGGUCUGAAGGGAGAGUCAGGGCCAGUGGGGCCACAGGGACCCAGGGGACUGCAAGGACCGGCUGGCCCCCCCGGCAGAGAAGGAAAGCGGGGUCGCUCAGGAGCAGAUGGAGCCCGGGGCCUUCCUGGGGACACAGGACCCAAGGGGGAUCGGGGCUUGGAUGGACUUCCCGGUUUGCUGGGGGAGAAAGGCCAGAGGGGAGACCUUGGACCCCCAGGCCGGCCGGGCCCCCAGGGUGAGAGUGGAAUAAAGGGCACAGAGGGACCCUCCGGACCGAUGGGACAGGCCGGAGAGCCCGGACCCCGCGGUCUGAUCGGCCCACGUGGAGCCCCUGGACCCCCUGGGCAGCCGGGUGUGGUUGGAAUCGAUGGUGCUCCGGGCACAAAAGGCGAUGUGGGGAUCCAGGGGGAGCCUGGCCCUCCAGGUCAGCAGGGAACUCCUGGACCCCAGGGUCUUCCAGGACCUCAGGGCCCUGUUGGGCUGCCUGGGGAGAAGGGCUCCCCUGGACAGCAGGGUCUGCGGGGGCUUCCUGGAGUUGACGGCCCCUUGGGUCAUCCUGGUCGUGAAGGGCCCUUAGGGGAAAAGGGGGCUCAGGGUCCAUCUGGGACCUCGGGCUCUAUCGGGUAUCCAGGACAAAGAGGUGUGAAGGGCGCCAUUGGGGUUCGUGGUCUGAAAGGUGGAAAAGGGGAGCAGGGGGAGGAUGGCUUCCCUGGGUUCAAGGGGGACAUGGGACAGAGAGGAGAGUGGGGUGAACCUGGAACCUUGGGUCCCCGGGGAGAAGAUGGAUCGGAAGGGCCAAAAGGACAGGAGGGGCAGCCGGGUGGGGAGGGGCCACCGGGCCCAGCUGGGGACAAGGGCAAACUGGGUCUUCCUGGCCUUCCCGGCUAUCCAGGGCGCCGAGGACCCAAGGGCUCUGGCGGGUUCCCCGGGGCCCAGGGUUUGGCUGGCGAGAAAGGAAAACGGGGCAAAGCCGGGCAAGCUGGACUGGCAGGAGAACAGGGCCCGACGGGCUCCCGAGGCGAGAGGGGUCAGCCUGGCCCCACCGGGAACCCGGGACCUAAGGGAGACCUAGGCCAUCACGGGGCACCAGGAAUUCCUGGAGAGAAGGGUCUUCAAGGGCUACAGGGCCCCCCUGGAUUCCUUGGGCCUAAAGGUCCCCCGGGCCCCAUGGGGAAGGAGGGCCGACCCGGCCACCCAGGAAUGCGGGGUGAAUUGGGAUUCCAAGGCCAGACGGGCCCUCCAGGUCCCAUAGGGGUGAUUGGCCCCCAGGGCAAGAUUGGUGACUCAGGACCCUUGGGUGAGAGGGGCCACCCAGGACCUCCUGGGCCUCCCGGAGAGCAGGGGCUUCCAGGACUGGCAGGCCGGGAGGGGGCUAAGGGGGACCCCGGCCUGGCCGGACUCUCUGGUAAGGAAGGCCCUCCAGGAGUAAGAGGAUUCCCUGGCCCCCGAGGAGAUACUGGAGACACGGGAACAACUGGUCUGAAAGGGGGGGCAGGUCCCCCCGGACCCCCCGGCUCAAAUGGGUCUCCAGGGGAACGUGGCCCAGUGGGCGCUCCUGGGGGCAUCGGACUUCCUGGCCAGAGUGGAGGGCAGGGGCCUCCAGGUGCCACUGGAGAGAAAGGAUCCUCGGGGGAGAGUGGUCCUCCAGGUCCCACAGGCCAGGUUGGAAUACCAGGUUCAGCAGGAUUGACUGGGGCUGCUGGAGCCCAGGGUCCAGCAGGGGAGGAUGGAGACAAGGGCGAGUUGGGGAGUCCCGGCCAUAAGGGCAGCCGAGGGGACCAGGGUGAAACGGGUCCGCCCGGUCCGACCGGGAUGCAGGGUGCCAUGGGGCUCCGCGGUCCUGCAGGAACGGACGGUGAGCGUGGUCGUCGGGGUCCUCCGGGCCUGUUUGGACAGAAAGGGGAUGAGGGAGUGAGAGGUUUCCUCGGAAAGGCUGGACCUCUGGGCCCACAGGGGUUGCCAGGAACACCGGGGGAGAAGGGGGAAAUCGGAGACGUGGGCUCCCUGGGUCCUCCUGGCACUCCAGGCCUCCGGGGGCCUCCAGGACCGACUGGAGGGGAGGGUCCCCAAGGUCAGGCAGGAGCUCUUGGCCAGCCAGGCCCAAACGGAGAGAAGGGUGACUCUGGAGCGGCCGGAGAGCCUGGCCCCCCAGGCAAGCCAGGACCCUCGGGUCCCCGAGGGGAACUGGGGGAGAAGGGUGAUGCUGGACAGUCUGGAGCUGCAGGACCUGCAGGCAGGAAGGGUCCCGGGGGCCAGGAUGGGGCAGAAGGAGACUGGGGUCCUAGAGGCUUCCGUGGAGACCCUGGCCCCCCUGGAGACCCCGGCCCUCCUGGUGCCGAUGGCAGAGCUGGGGACAGGGGGUCCCGAGGAGACACUGGAGGGCUGGGCCCCCCUGGUGCACCUGGGGAACCAGGUGCCUCUGGUCCUCCUGGGAAGAGGGGCACCCUGGGUCAUGAAGGCCAUGAGGGCCCACAAGGAGAGAAAGGAGCCAAGGGGGGGAAGGGCAAAGAUGGCCCCCCUGGCAAAACAGGGCCUGUGGGGGUACAAGGCCCCCCUGGGCGGCAUGGAGCUGAGGGUCUUCGAGGGAUCCCUGGGGCCACGGGUGAGCAGGGACUCCUGGGUCCCCCGGGCCAGACGGGUCCCCCCGGCCCCCUGGGUCCGAGCGGCCUGCCAGGUCUGAGAGGGGAUCCCGGCUUGAAAGGGGAAAAGGGCCACAUCGGUUUAAACGGACUCUUUGGCGCUCCAGGGGAGCAUGGAGAGAAGGGAGACAGGGGGCUACCAGGCCCCCAGGGCACACAGGGUCCAAAGGGAGAGCCGGGUCUUCGUGGCCCCGUUGGACCCCUUGGGCCUCCUGGGUCUCCGGGUUUGGUGGGUCCUCUGGGCCAGAAAGGAUCAAAGGGAUCAGUGGGACCCAUUGGCCCAAGAGGAGACACAGGGCCCCCCGGACCUCCCGGGCCUCCGGGUCAUCCUGCUGAGUCCUUGUCUGUGGCCGGCAUGGCUAGGAGGCGUCGGUCUCCUGUCAGUUCUGAGGGUCUGGGAGAUGGCGUGGAGGAAGUCUACGCUUCACUCAACUCUCUGAAGAUGGAGGUGGAGAGACUGAGACUGCCAGAAGGCACCCAGGACAGUCCUGGGCUAGUGUGCAAGGAGCUGUACGUGGGCCACCCACACCUGACAGAUGGGGAGUACUGGAUCGAUCCCAAUCAGGGCUGUUCGCGGGACUCCUUCAAAGUUUUCUGCAACUUCAGCGCUGGAGGAGAGACCUGCCUCUUCCCCGACAAGAAGUUUGAGUUGGUGAAGCUGGCCUCCUGGAACAAGGAGAGGCCGGGGGGCUGGUACAGCACAUUCAGGAGAGGAAAAAAGUUCUCCUACGUGGAUGCAGAGGGUCAUCCAGUCCUCCCCGUCCAGCUGACAUUCCUGAAGCUACUGAGCGGGUCUGCCCAUCAGACCUUCACCUACCACUGCCAGAACUCGGCUCCCUGGUUCGACGCCACCGUGGGCAACUAUGCCCAUUCCCUCCGUUUCCUGGGUGCCGACGAAGGGGAACUGUCCCACAACCAGACUGCAGCAGCUAUCCGAGUGCAUUCUGACGACUGCAGGAUGCGGAAGGGCCAGGCCAGGACGGUGAUGGAGGUGUCAUCCCUCCGGGUGGGUCAGCUUCCUCUCCAAGACGUGGCCGUAUCAGACUUUGGACAGACCAACCAGAAGUUUGGGUUUGAGCUGGGCCCGGUCUGCUUUGGUGGUUGAGAGAGGAGGAGACUUUGGUGCUAGGGCUGGGGGGCCCUGAGCCCAGACAGACCUGGUAGGGGGGUUGAGUUUCAGGAUGGUGCCUUUCCUGCCCUACUCUCAAGGCAAUGGGCACACAGGAAGGGUGGGUGGCAGACAGCCAGUAAGGGUCCCCGUCCCCUGAGCCCUCCCCUCUCCCUGCGUCCGGCCUCAUCUGCUAUUUAUUCCCAGGGUCCCCAGCCUGGUUUCCAGUUCCUCUGGUGUCUGCUCUGAAGCCCUUGCUGAGGGGGGAGCGUGGUGGUGGUGGGGGGUCACUCAGAUCAGACCUCCCCCACCUCUUCAUGCCCAUGGCUGGACGGUCCUGUGAUCCCAGCACAUAUUUCUGGUUCAGGGUCUGUUGUCCCCCUCAUCAUCUCCCCACUGCCCCCCUCCCCCACUCCCGAGGAGGUGCAGCGCUUAAAUCUCACUGGCGGAAGGAUAGGGGGUCUGCCUCGUCUCUCCUUAGCCCCCCUGCUCCUGGACUGGGUCAGAGUACCCCUCUGCCCCCCAACUCUCACCCCAGUUCUCUGGCUCCAGGAAUGGUGCUCUACGCCCUCCGCAGAUUUUGUAUGGUGCUUUGGCUCUGGCCUCCUGUAACCCUACCUGUAUUAACGAGGACAAUAAAAAUCCACCUC